AUGAAGGAUACGCCUUGGCGAGAAUGGCUGCAGCGUGUCAACGGGUGUGCACAGGGCCCUUCGUCCUCAGUAGCAGACACAAAUCCUCGCGAGCAACGGAAGAAGGAGAUAACCAGAUCACUUUCUUCAGCACGGAUAAGCACCGCAGGUACGGGUCGCUCCGACAAAAAACUCGAGGGCGAAAAGAAAAUCCGUGGUGUGAAACGGAAGUUCGAUGCCAAUGAGCAACCUGUUGAACAUGAAAAGAACGCAUCCCUGGCACUGCUAAUCCAAAAUGAAAAGCGACGCCAAAAAGACGACAGCAGCUCCGCCAUCUGGAGACGGUGUCGUCAAUAUUCGGAAGGCUGUAAGAUUCGCAAGCAAAGGCAGAGGAGGUAUUGCUCUCGGUAG